UCUCAUUCUCUUUUUCGUCUUCAUCUUUCUCUCUUCAGAUUAUUUUCUCGUUCUUGAAGGUACAGAAUACAAAAAGAAAAGACAACAACAACAACAACAACAUUUUCUCCUAAUUCUCAAAUAUAUAUAAAUAAAUUCCUUAUUUGGUUAACAAUGUUUAGUUUUAUUUCUCAUCUGGAACAGUUAACAUCAACAUCCUCAUCAUCAUCAUCAACAUCAACAACAACCACAACCACCACAUCAACGGUAAAACCAUCAGAAUCACCAAGAUUAUCAUCAACACCUUCAACAUAAUAGUUAAUGAGAAACCUUCAUUUUCUAUUAAUUUUUACGUUCAACUGAACAACAAACAAACAAACAAAAUUCUCUGGUUUUUUUUCUCUUCUCUUCUAAUUUCUCUUCUUUUUACUUGCUUAUAAAAUCAUCUUCACAAAUUCAUCUCAUCAUCAUCAUAAUCACCAUCACCCAGAAGCUUUUUUUACCUUCUCUCAUCAACCAACAACAACAACAUCUUAUCUUGUCUCAUUUUCUGCCUCAUUUUUUUUUCCUUUAAGUGUCUACAUCUUAUUACUUUUUCUUUGAUAUUUAUCAAUAAUCAAUCAACAAUAUCUAUCUAAAUUGUAUAUAUCCGUAAAAGAUACUUUCUAUUUUGUGAACAUCGUUUUUUUCUUGUUGAAUUUUAGAGAAAACAAAUAGAAAGAAAAAGAAUCUAAAUAUUAUAUUAAUCUGGUGAACUAAAUUAACUCUCUCUUAAUCAACUUGUUUCAUUAAAACAGAAACAACAACAACAACAACAACAGCAGAUAAACAUCACCGGUUUACCAUCAACACCCAAGAGUGAGAGAGAGAGAAAAUAAAAAAGCAAGUAAGAGAUGGAAAGAUAAAAAGGAGAAAAAGCUCAAUCAUCAACAACAACAUAACCAGAUUUUCCGCCAUCACCAACAUUUAUCCUUCACUCUCUCUCUCUCAAGUCUUUAAAUAUAAAAAAAGCUUGACCUACAAUCUUCUUCCUGUCAUAUUAGAAUAAUUUUUCCUUUCUUUCUGGUGCUUUCAUCUUCAUCUUCACCAUCAGAUUUGGAGUCUUAUAUCACCAUCAUCAUCACCAGUCUCUUGACAACAGAGAGAGAAAAAGAAAUAGAAAAAAUUUCUUUUAAUGUUAUAUAUUUAUACAAAUAUAAAUAUAUAAAUUUUCUUAUAAGUAGAGAUAAUUUUUAAUUCCAAGUAGAGAAAAGAGAGAGAAAACAAGGGAACCAGUAACGACGAAAAGUAAACCAGUUUUUUCUCUUCUUUUUCUCUCUCCCUCUCUCUCAGUUUCUCUCUCUCUCUCUUUUCUGGUGCAAACCAUUAACACUUGAUACCAAGAGAAACAACAACAACAUUCAACUCAAACAGAUCGUAACAUCAAAACGUCAAAAUCUUUACCUUUUCUACAUAAAGAGUGUUUCUUUUAAUUACUUUCCUUCCUCUCGCAACAAAUUGUUUGCCUCAUCAUUUUAAUUCGCAAUCUUUCAAGUAAAUUUAAUCCAAUCAUCAAUUUCAUUCUCUCUCAGUGUUUAUCUCAACAAUUGAUUCAACUUUUUUCUCUCGUCGUAGUUAGUGUUUACUUGUGUUAACGCCGCAAAUUGAUUGUACUUAAUUAUUGUUUUUUCUUCUCCUUGUUAACUGUCGACACUUUUGUUUCUUUUUUGUGAUUCGUUGAAAAAAAGGUUGACUUUCAAAAGCUCAAUAUCAUCUUCUUAUUAUCAUUUGGAACUAGUGAUCAUUAUCAUCAAUCGUUUAAAGAGAAAAACGAAACAAAGAGAAGAAAACGUCCAAUUUAUUUGUAUUUUAAUGCCUUGUUAUGUGUGUGACUACCGGUGAAUAAAAUCUCGGUGAAAAAACAACAACAGAAAAUCAACAACCGAUACCAGAAGUCAACUAAUAAUAAAGAGUAACAACAAAAAGGGAAUCCUGUUGACGGAAGAGGAACUACAUCAACAAGAAAGAAACAAGAAUUGACAGAAUCAAAAAGAAUCAAUCAAAGCAAAAAAAAGGAACCAUUAGGAAUCCAAUUGGAAAAGUCGAAUAAAAGAAAACAAAAAAAACUCAAUUUAAAUUUAAAAAAUGUUCUUGUGAUUAUUCAUUUGACGAUCAUCGUUCUCUCAUCAUCAUCACUUAAUCUCAAUAUUGAUUAUCAUCAUAAUCCUCUGGAACUGUUUGUUUUGGGUGAUCAUUGAUUAGUGAGGAAAAUCAACCAAGAAAAAGAUAACAAAGUAACUAAUUGGAACCUUGGAAUAAACAAAAUGUCGCCGGUGACCAUUGAAUUACGAAAAGGACGAAAACGACGUCCAAGUAACAGUCUCGAAGAUGGAGAUGAUCCAGUUAUGGAUGAUUGUAUGGCUGCCAUGGUACUCAUGAGUCUUUCAUGUUCUCCUAAAUCUACUUUCAUUCCUGAUAGAGGAAUUUACUCAGUCUCGGUGAAAAGCAUCGAUUCUGGUGUCGAGUUUGGAUCUGCUGCCAGCCGAUCAAAUACACCGUCACCACCGACGAUUAACGAAGAGCGAUCCACUGCCGCUUCGCCAAUUGCCAUCGAGAUUAACAAUAACCAUGUUGAAACUAUUAAAGGAAAUAUAAAUAAUAAUGAUUCGAAUGUUAAUAAUAAUCAAAUUAAUGGAUUAACUAUUAUUCAUAAGGAUGAAGGAAUCGAUAUGGAUGAAACAAUUGAUUUUAUUAUUGAUGAUCCAAUACAAACAAUUGCUGAGAAGGCUCGAAGAAUUGUGUUCAAAUGUACAUGGCGUGGAUGUGGCCUUCGAUGUGAUCUUGUCGAAUCAAUCGAAAAACAUAUUAGAACUGUCCAUCUUGGACGAAGUGAAAACGCCAGUGAAGAGGAAAAUGAUCAUGAGGAGGAAUUUUAUUACGCCGAAAUUGAAGAGGAAAUGGAAAUCGAUGACAAUAUUAGCUGUAAAGAUAGUUCAUCUUCUAAUGAUAGUAGCCUGGGGCCAUUGUCUCCAGUCUCGAGUUCAUCAGAGUCACCUCACAGUACAAAUUACAAUUUAAGUCCGACACUCAGUUCGGCCUCCUCCCUCCUUUUCUUUGCUCCCUCACCCACUUGGAGUCAUCUUGAUAUGGCACGACCUCCACACGAGGAUCCUGAAUAUCAAGCGCAACAAAAACAAUUACAAUUACAGUUACAAUUGCAACAACAACAACAACAGCAACAAAUUCAAAUACAAAACCAACAAGUGCAAAACUUUAACCAUCAACAACAACUUAAACCAUCAUCAUCUGUGACGCAAACUUUUAUCAGUGCCCAAUUUAAACCGGAACCGGAAAGGAAGACAGUGAUAUCAAGCCCGAUCAACAUUCCCGGUAUAUCGGUUGCCCAUCGUUGGUCAACAAAAGUUAUUGACUCAUCAUCAGCAUCUUCAUCAAAUGCUAGUUGCAAUUCUAGCUACUCUUUUUCAAAUUCACAUCAUCACCACCAUCAUCAUCUCAAUCAACACAUUCAUAAUAACCAUCACCAUAACCAAUCUCAAGCAUCUUUUAUCACCUCAAGUUCAAGUCCAGUGAACUUUUUCUCGCCAAAAGCUCCUUCCAAAGUUAUGCGAUUGAGUAGUAACACUUCAAGCCCAAUAAACAUCAAGUCAUCGGGAAAUAACACCAACCCAACAUUAACCGGAACCAUAACAAUUAGCGGUACCAAUAAGACAAACAGUAACACCGUUACUAGUAUCAUCUCAUCAAGUAACAACAACCCAACCCUGAGUACAAAUACAACUACCAAUGCCAAUAACAACGCUUCUAGUAACCAAUGGACAAGCUUAUUACAAUCAAGUUCAACCUCAUUAUCGGCCUCAUCAUUAUCUUCAUCCACUUCAUCUCCAUCAACCACAGGGAUUGCAACGACCCUCCUUAAGGGGUCAAGCAUAUCGCCGACCCGUCGAACCCGAACCGAGACUCGAAAGUGUCGAAAAGUUUAUGGUAUGGACAAUCGAGACUCUUGGUGUACUCAAUGCAAGUGGAAAAAGGCUUGCACUCGAUUCGUUGAUUAAUCUUAUUGUGCAUCGGCCAAACAAAUAAAAAGAAAAACAAAAGAAAAUCAACUAAAGGUGAAAAAAAGGAAGUGACCAUUAGCAUCUUGAUGACCAUCCCCUUCUUUAUCUCUCAUACACACACACACUCUCUCUCUCUCUCUCUCUCUCUCUCUCUCUCUCUCUCUCUCUCUCUCUCUCUCUCUAUCUUCCUGUCACAUUUUGCCUUUUCCGAACUAUUAAUAUUAUUCCCAAUUCUUUCUCUUUGUCUUCUCUCUCUCGCUCUCCCUCACUCUCCAGUUAAAUACAACAAACAACAAGCACCAUUAUCAUCACCACAAUUUAAUUACAUCACAGAAAAAAAGAGAUUUUCUCACCUUUCUUUUGUCUUCUCCUUUCUCUCCCUCUCUUUUGUUUUUAUAUCAUCAUCAUUUCUCUUUCUUUUAACUUUUAUCUUCUUUCGUUUUUCUGUUCACCCAACAAACUCAAUAGAUUUUUUCAUUAUAUAUUAUAUUAUACAUUCAGUUAUUUUUUUGUCUCUCAACGUUUUUAGUUAUCAUCUCGUUUUCGAAAACUUUUUUUUCAAACAAAAAUAUAAACAAACCAAACACUCAAA